AUGGGUUCAAGUCGCUCCGAUGGAUCGAACAAAGAGAGAUUGCGUUGGACGCAAGAACUACACGAUCGGUUCGAGGAGGCUGUUAAUCAACUUGGUGGCCCUGACAGAGCUACUCCAAAGGGUAUCUUGAGGGCUAUGGGCAUCUCUGGAUUGACAAUCUACCAUGUCAAGAGCCAUUUGCAGAAAUACAGAAUCUCGAAGUUUAUCCCAGAAACGAACAGGGGCAAGUUUGAGAGGAGAAAUAUUUCUGAAAUGUUGCCAAAUUUCAGCGUGACGUCAGGUGCUCAACUUAAUGAAGCAUUACUGAUGCAAAUGGAGGUUCAAAAGCGACUUAGCGAUCAACUUGAGGUUCAAAAGAGCUUGAAGCUGAAAAUUGAAGCCCAAGGGAGAUUCCUCGAGAGAAUUGUGGAGGAAAAUAGAAACCGAACUACGACCAUUAAUCCAAAACAUAGCAAGUCUUUCUCUCCGGAAUCACUGCCGUCUCUCUGUGAUGAAUCAGAAUCAAAUGCUAAGGAAUUUGAAACUGAUUCGGAGAGUGAGAAAGUUGAAACACAGUCUGAAGAAGACUUUCAAGCUCUUAAGCGAUUGAGGACCGAAAACCAAGUUUUGCCUUCGCGAUAUCAACUUGAUCAACCUCUCAAUCAAAACGUGGUUCUUCAAAGAGAACAAAAAUUCUCACAUCCAUCUCACGAUGUCAACUUCCCAUGGAAUAUUUUGGCCACCUGUUCAUCACCUCUAGUGCCCAAUUUUUUCUAG